GUGCGAUUCGGUUGUUUAUUCUAAAGUCCAACACAAAAAAAAAUUGUUAAAAAUGUCCAAAAAUAUUAAAAAGGAAAUUGAUUUCAUUUCGGAUAUAAACGAUCGUUAUGCUUUGUUGGAAUACGAGCUGGAAGAGAAACUCAAGCAGUUAAAUCAAAACGAGCGGAAACUAAUGUCUGAGCAGGAAGUUGAGAACAGUAAAUCAAAUGAAAACCCAAAACACAGUCUCACCCUGGAGGCAGCGAAGCAGCGUAACUUCGAACUACUUAAAUCGUUAGAAGUAUCCAAAGCUAGACUUCGAUCACGUGCAACCUUCAGCCCACUGGAAACCAUUCUACAGAAGGCAAUAGGAAACUAUUUGAAGGAAACAUCCCUGGUUCCAUGCACAACGAAAAAAACGUAUGGCCCAACGUAUGUUUAAACAAUUAUGAAGCAAAUAAAAAAUGUAGCUAGAUAUUCUUUAAGAA